UCAUUGGUCUCCUGCGCCCGAGAUGUUUGUGUGAUCGCCGAAAGAUUGGCCAUGGCACACGAUGCGCAUGGAAUGUUUCGAUGCCGUACGGUAGAUAUCAUCGAUGCUGGCACAGCAAGCAAUGGCACGAAUAUGCAUAAGACUGACCUAUCUGAGGUCCUUGUUCUUGGUAACUUCGUGGUUCCUCAUUGUAGCUGAAAACCGUGCUGUUGCUUCGUCUCCCAAUGAAAAUGAGAUUCGGUCUGCAAAAGAAAGAGCAUUGGGACUUUCGUAUCAUGUUUUGCCCUUCACAAUCACCUGGAGGAUCCAAAUUGAUGAAACUCAAGUGGUAGAUCGACAGCCAACAGUGCCAGAAUACGAGGGAGUGGCCCAAGCAACAACGCAGUGGAUCGGUGACACUUUUCAGGAGAUCCAUGUCAAUCAGCACCACAACAACGACAACAACCGCAACAUCCAACUUCGCAACGUUCACACCGUGGUGACGAGCGCCACUUGGGAUCCCGACACCAUCCAAAUUGCACGAAGCACGUCGUACUUCCCGCACACCAUUUCCUUGGAUUGUGAGGUUCACUUCCAGUUUGACGCGAGUUCAACAGUGACUCAUCACGACGACGCUGUCCCAUCUGUGGGGUCGUUUUUGUUGGAUAUGACAGCAAGGUCGGAUGUGUCUGACUUUAUUUCCAACCAUCUGCAUCAAACCGGCGAAUCAAGGAGCAUCUUUCGGUACACGCGAAGGGCCUCCUAUGCCAGCUACGAACGAGGGUCGUAUCAACCGGUUCAACCCGACAACGCUGCUGCAGUAACAAACACGACGAGUGCUUUGCACAAGAAUGUUUAUGUUGUGACAUUUGAUAUGAUAUGGAGUCUCGCUUUGAAGAAUGACAAUGGUGCAGCGGUAGAGGAUCGAAUGGGCACACCAGACGAGUAUGCGGGGGUAGUCAAUGAAACGCACUUUUGGUUGCACGAUAACAUGCAGCGUUACUACGACUUUGAAGAAGCGACUACAAGCUCCAACAACAGCCAUGUAGACAUCAACGAUUUCUAUGUACAUCAAGUCUCGACACAGCUGGUAGGGACUCCUACCUGGGAUGACAGCCAACAGUUCCCCCACCGCAUCGUUGUCGGUGUCAUGAUUGUUUCAAAAGCGACAAACGAAUUGGAUGUUCCUACUGCCGCAGAGUUUCUUAGAGACAUGUCCACUGGCUUUAGCGUGGUGAUGUUCAUAACCGCCUAUCUUCGAUCCACCAGUGGCUUGUUUCAUCACACGCAGCGGGCAAGUUACGGAAGCUCAUACUCCAAUCCCGGAGUGCAUCUUGUAGACGAGGACGACGACGAAGAAGCCAAUUCAGUCUGGGUAACAGACGAAGAAGCGACCGUCGGGAAGAAGUCCGUUCCAGUAAAGGUUCCCUUUUCUCUCACAUUUGGUCUUGCUCAAACUAGCACUUUCGAGUCUGAUCCUUCAGACGACGAUUGGCAAGGUCUCUUGGCGUCUACUGCGGCCUUUUUGGAGCCACAACUUGAAGCUCAUUUUUCAGCAACAACAUCCCAACUGGAGGAAGUCACAGCGCUUUGGACUCAAUCCGUUUACCUACCAUGGGAAAGUCGCAUGCCAUACAGAGGUACCCUGGAGUUGACCUUCUGGUUUGAAUCCAACGAAAACCACACACUGCCAGCUUUGAAAGUAUAUGACUACCAAUUCCUCCUCUCGGGCAUCUUUGGUGGUGGCUCUGAAGAGUAUCUUUCUGACUAUUUAGCCACGGUGGAGCCGCCUACAAACUUGUUCCGGUCGGUGGACAAGUUGGCUUGGGCAUUCUAAUCGUACAUCGUGGAUUGUUCCAAACCCUGUAACUGGCUAGCUAGCUGUGACUUGAUUGAUUAAGCCUACUAUUUGAAUUGUAUCCAGAACACUUAACCUAUUCUUUUCUUUCUAUGCAUCGCUAAGGAAUG